AGCGCCGAGCUUGGAAAAAUGGCGGGAAACGAGAACCCCGUCCAAGCCUUCCUCCAUUGCUGCACCUCCGUUGCUCGCAGCCUCCAUUCCCAUCUCUCCCUCUUCUUUCCCUCCCCCAACGAGCCUUCGUCCAAGAGAUCUCUAUCUCAGGACACCAAGCUCGUCCUUCCCGCUGUUUCCUCCCUCGAAUCCAUCCAGAAGCCUGUGGCAGCGCCAUUGACAAAAGAGGAGCUUGGGAGGGCGACGUGGACACUUCUUCAUACUAUUGCAGCUCAGUAUCCAGACAACCCAACGAGGCAGCAAAAGCAUGAUGUCAAAGAACUGAUGGCGAUACUAUCUAGAAUAUAUCCUUGUAAAGAAUGUGCAGAUCAUUUUAAAGAAGUGUUGAAAGCAAAUCCUGUGCAAGCCGGAUCACAGGCAGAGUUAUCUCAGUGGCUGUGUCAUGUGCACAAUGUUGUGAACAGAAGUCUCGGGAAGCUGGUUUUUCCCUGCCAGAGAGUGAAUGCAAGAUGGGGCAAGCUUGAUUGCAAGGAUCGCGCCUGUGAUUUGGAAGGCACUUCAAGCUUUGGCAGUUAAAUUAUACCGACAAUGUUCAAAUCAGUUGAAGUAAGUCCAUUCAUUUAUAGUACACCAGUUCUUUUGGUUGAAUUGCUAAGAUUCAAAGAAAUACAUGCACUUCAGUUUUUGUUCAAUUAGUCCUUCCUGGUUUUUGACAUGGACUGGUUUCCAGGACUAUGUUUGAAGAAUCUUCAUUUGAGUGUGUUAUUCAAGAUAUAUGUCUGUAUGAAUUAACUUCAUU